AACAAAGUGGAGAACUGGAGCAAAGAAAAUCCUCACCAUGGCUGAGCUGGACGUGUGCCUUGUAGUGACAAAAAACACUCUGUAGGGUGCGAUUCAAGCGGAAAGCUGCUUCGAUUUUAACUUAAAGAAGCAGAGGAUUUUCCUAAAAUCUGAACAGAAUGAGACUCCUGAAGAGAGCGUCUGCACUCAUCCUGCGGCGAGGCAUCAGAACGUAUCAGAGCAGAUUGUCCCAAAAUGACGGCCUCUUCAGAGUUCAUACGCCUGUGUCACAGGCUCUGGCAGAAAACAAACCUGUGGUCGCACUCGAGAGCACAAUCAUCACACAUGGGAUGCCCUAUCCACACAACCUGAGAACAGCCAAGGAGGUGGAGGCCAUUGUGAGAGCUGAAGGAGCCACUCCGGCCACAGUCGCAGUGAUUGAUGGUGAGGUCCAUAUCGGUCUGUCCUCGGAGGAGCUCGACCACCUCGCCCGCUGUGAGAGCUCCCUGAAGGUGUCCCGACGUGAUCUGCCCUACGUCAUCAGCAAGGGUCUCUCUGGAGGAACUACCGUGUCAGCCACUAUGAUCGCAGCACAUCAAGCUGGCAUCCCUGUCUUUGUCACAGGGGGCAUCGGAGGGGUUCACAGAGACGGAGAGAACAGUCUGGACAUCAGCGCAGAUCUCACAGAGCUUGGCAGGACUCCCAUUGCCGUGGUCUCUGCUGGAGUCAAAUCUAUUCUGGACAUCGGUCGCACCCUGGAGUUCCUUGAGACGCAGGGUGUCUGCGUAGCCACUUACGGGGCAUCAAAGAAUUUCCCAGCCUUCUUCUCUCCACAAAGUGGAUUCACUUCUCCAUACCAAGUUUGGGACCCCGAGGAGGCUGCAAAACUCAUUUUGAGCACUCUGUCUCUGGGUCUGCAGAGCGGUGUCCUGAUCGCCGUGCCGAUCCCAGAGGAGCAUGCAGCAGCCGGCCAGCAGAUAGAGGAAGCCAUACAGACUGCAGUGACAGAGGCGAGAGCUAGAGGUAUAACAGGAAGAGAUGUGACGCCGUUCAUUCUUCAAAAGGUCAACGAGAUGACGAAAGGAAAGUCCCUCCAGGCCAACAUUGCUCUCAUUCAUAACAAUGCAAAAGUUGGAAGUCAGAUAGCCUGCACACUGUCAAAACAAACCAGUGAGAGAUUGACAAGAGGCGGGACUCAUCGUUAUGGAAAGCACUCGUCUGACUCAGAAUCAGAAAUUGUUGUCAUAGGAGGGAUAAAUGUAGAUUUUAUUGCGAAAGGAAAAACCGAAUCACUGAUUUUUGGACAGACAAACCCAGGAAGUGUGUGUCAGUCAUUUGGCGGUGUAGGAAGGAACAUUGCAGACUCCCUGAGUCGACUAGGCUGCAGACCUCUGCUCAUCUCAGCUACUGGAGCUGAUUCCCACAGUGAUGCAGUGUUUAACUACUGUAAACACAUGAACAUAAGUGGUGUGGCGAGGCUAGAAGAUCAAAGCACAGCCACGUACUGUGUUGUUAUCGGUGAGAGUGGAGAAAUGAGUCUCGGAUUGGGAGAUAUGGACAUACACGAGCAAAUCACAGAGCAGUUUGUGUCUCGGUUUGAGAAGCAGAUUUCUUCAGCCACUCUUGUUUGCCUGGAUGGAAACAUUCCUGUCACCACCAUCAACUACAUUUGCUCAGUCGCUGCUAAACACAACAUCAAUAUUUGGUAUGAGCCCACUGAUUCAGAAAAGGCCUGCAAGCCUUUCCUCUCAGACGCCUGGAAGUCUCUGUCGUAUUCAUCCCCAAACCUGGCAGAGCUGUUCACCAUGAACAAAACCCUGGGCCUCCCAACGCCUGAAGUGCUUCCGAGCUCUCCUGACAAGGUGCUGAGUGCAGCUGUUGCUCUCUCACGCCCCCUCCUGGAGCAUCUGCACUGUCUCGUGGUGACUCUUGGGGCAAAUGGGGUGUUGGUGUGUGGAGAGCAUGAAGCAGGCUCGGUCAACAUGCAGCCAAGAAAACAGAAGAGGAGGAGGCAGCUCUGUGCUCUUCACUUUCCAGCGGUGACUGUGACAGCAGAGGAGACGGUGAAUGUGUCAGGAGCAGGAGACAGCCUUGCAGGAGCGUUAAUGGCUGGGAUCCUCCAGCAGCGAGACACAGACAGCUGUGUUCGGAUGGGACUCCUUGCUGCAAGGCUCUCCCUGAUAUCCUCGCACCCGAUCGCCCCCACACUCACUUCACACUCAGUGGAUCCCAACAAAGUUCAGACUCCCUCUUGGCCAAAACCCAGCUUCAUGUGGAUAGAUUAAAAAUAUUUUAGUUUUGAAACUUUACUAUAUAAACUUUUGAAGGUUGGAUGUGUUGUGCAUAUUGAGUUCACUUUAUUUCUAUUUUUGGAUCCUUUUUCUCCGAAUGCAACAUAGUGACUGAGCAAUUGAACAUCAUUUUAAGGAUUAUUUUUGGGGCUUUUGCCUUUUUUUGGAGAAAGCUAAAGCUAAAGAUAGACAGGAACUGAGUUGAGAGAGAUGGGGGGGGGGGGGUGACACUGUGCAAUGAGGACUGUUACAUCUAUUGAUGGGGUGCCUGCUCUACCAACUGACUUCAAACCAGCAGCCCAUGAAAAACAUUUUAAAACAAAAGUGAAGAGAAUAAAAAGCCAAUUUGACUACUGUAAUGCGAACAAAGAAAUGUAAUUGAAAUGAUAAUUGUUGUGGUUUUUGGUUGUCUCAAUUCUGCUUGACUUCAUGAAAACAAAUUCUUGCAAAUAAAUUUUGAAACAUAAAUACAAGGGUUGUAUUUUUCUCAUGUUACAUUUUAACAACAGCGGUGGACGAAGCAGUCAGGCCAAAUUCUUAAGCUAAAUUGUGUUUUU